AUGCAUAGAUCUGCAGAAAAUAAUGGCAGCCGCUGGGUCUGCCAGUCACAAAGGCAUAUGAGAAAUAGAGGUGUCUUUUAUGGUGAUAAUCCGUUCGAUUUCGCAUCUCUUAUCCUUUAUACACAGCUCUCCUUAUCCGCCUUGCUCACAGCCUUCUUUCAGUUGAUUCUGACCCCACUUGGUGAAAGUGCUUUUAUUUCACAAAUGUUGGCAGGUAUUAUACUGGGACCUUCGUUUCUGGGAAAAGACAAUUCAUUCAGAAGUACGGUAUUUCCCAUGAAAAGUUUCUACGUAAGUGAAACAUUCGCCUUCUUUGGAUGCAUGCUCUUUAUGUUCCUCGUUGGAGUUAAAAUGGAUUUGAGCAUGGUAAGGAAAUCAGGAAGAAGAGCACUGGUGAUUGGCAUCUGCGCUUUCCUUGUGCCCCUAAUGCUAAACAUAGCCUUCGCUAUCAUUUUAAAGCACAAGAUCACCAUGGAUCCCGAUCUACACAAAUCCUUAAUCUUCAUUGCAGCAUUUCAAUCCUCAAGUUCCUUCCAUGUCAUUGUAUGCCUUCUAGCUGAUUUGAAGCUUCUCAAUUCAGAGCUUGGCCGAUUAGCUGUGUCUUCUUCCAUGAUAAGUGGGACAUGCUCUUGGAUUUGCUCAAUCAUCACGUUCACAAUAAGGCAAAGCUCACUGACGACAAAGCAAGCUAGCUUACCAUGGAUGGCAUUAAUGUCUUUAGUGAUCAUGCUGAUCAUCAUAAUAUACAUCCUGAGGCCCAUUUUUUCAUGGAUGAUUGAGAAAACAGGUAAAGAGAAAGAACUCAGUGAGUCUCACUUCUUCUGCAUCUUUGUCAUGGUAUUGGGGUGCGCGCUAUUGGGUGAAGUUAUUGGGCAGCAUUUCAUGUUUGGGCCUAUAGUUUUAGGCUUGGCAGUGCCGGAUGGACCGCCGCUAGGAUCAGCAUUGGUGGAUAAGCUUGGUUCCUAUGUUUCGUCCAUUCUCUUGCCAGGCUAUUUUGUGUUCAGCUGCGCAAGGAUAAAUCUGUCUUUGACAAACGUGAAGACUGUUGGAAUAGUGGAGAUGUUGGCUCUGUGUAGCUUACUGGGAAAACUUAUGGGAACAAUGUUGCCCUCGCUCUAUUACGAAUUGCCAGUCCUCGACUCCCUCUCCUUGGGCCUAAUCAUGAGCGCCCAAGGCAUCACUGAUAUUCUAAUAUUACAACAUGGGAUGCUCCUCCAUCUUAUUGACCAAGAAUCAUAUAGUAUCAUGGUCAUAUCCGCCGUUUUGAUAACGGGAAUCAUCACUCCCAUGGUGAAAUUACUGUACAAUCCAUCAAAGAGAUACAUGUCGAUGAAAAGGAGGAGGACCAUCCAACACACCAUGCCUAAUGCCGAGCUCCGUUUGCUGGCCUGCAUCCACCAUCAAGACAUCACUCCUUCAAUCAUCAAUCUUCUCGAAGUCUCUCAUCCGACACUCAAAAGUCCCAUCGCCUUGUACGUCGUCCACCUCAUCCAGCUACUGGGCAGAUCAUCCCCACUUCUCAUAACGCAUAGACAGGGCCACAGGAUUUCUUCUCACUCCAACCAGUCCGACCACAUCAUAAAUGCCUUCCACCUGUUCGAGGAAAUCAACUGCGGCACGGUUUUGGUGAAUGCGUUCACAGCCAUUGCGCCGUACGCAACAAUGCACGACGAGAUCUGCAGCCUGGCUUUGGAGAAGAGAGCGUCUUUGGUGAUCAUCCCUUUCCACCAGCAAUGGAAACCGCAGGGCACGGAGGAAUUAUCUGAGAAGCCCAUAAGAACAGUCAACCUCAAAAUACUCAACAGCGCUCCUUGCUCUGUCGGAAUCUUGGUUGACAGAGGAACAUUAAGCGGGAAUAUUAAGACAAUGAAAAGCAGGCCUUUCUAUAGAAUCGUGGUGAUCUUCUUGGGAGGGGCAGAUGAUCGGGAAGCAUUAUCAUACGCCAUGCGCAUGGCUGAACACCCGGAUGUAGGCAUUACAGUUAUUCAGUUUCUUCUCGAGUCUAAAAAAAGGGGCAAGAAUUUGGUAAGUAGGGAGCUAGAUUUUGAAAUGAUCGACAAGUUUAAGAGGGCUAACAUGCACAAAAUGCGUCAUAUAUACAGAGAAGAGGUGGUGUAUGAAAGCUUAGAAGUGAUCAAUGUGAUUCGGUCGCUGCAAAAUCUAUAUGAUCUGGUUUUGGUGGGAAGACGGCAUGCAAGCAACUCGCCAUUGCUCAUGGGGCUAACAAUGUGGAAUGAGUUUCCUGAGCUGGGGUCCUUGGGGGAAAUGCUAGCUUCGUCAGACUCCAAUUGGGAGGUUUCGUUGUUGGUGGUGCAACAGCAGAGUUGUGGAGGCGAAGAAGUGCUUGGCUUCAAGUGCUUCACGGAAGACUCAUUUGCAGUCGAUAUGUCCCGAGCUACGGCCAAAUUAAGUGUGGUCAAGUUCCUCCACGGCAAAGAGUAA